UUGGCGAGGAAAGUUCUGACUGACAACAAGAUGCUUUUAAUGCUCCUGAUCUUUCUCUUUGUGGUUCUGUUUUCUAUUUUGCCGAAAUAUUCACAUCUUGUUGCAGGUUUGAUUGGGAAAAAGGUGUUUAGACUGAGCAAUGAGGAACUAGAUCUCAGGUCACAAGUCAGGGACCUCAAGUCGGACCAGGAGUCUGUGAAUAUGGCUGACGAGUUUGCACGUUACAUGAAGAUACAACGCAAAAUUGACAAGAUCAUGGGGCAGCUUAAGCAACUAGGAAGCUCAAGAUCCCAGCGUUUGACCAUGUUGAAAGUGGGCAUCAAGAUGGCCAUCCAUGUUGUUCAUGCUCUGACAAUGUUAAGUCUGGUCUUGACGUACCGAAAUGAGCCUUUACUAGAGCUGCCAUCCUCAUAUUUCUUCCCCUUCAGUCGAAUUGUCGCCUUCCCUACAGGAAUUCCAGGCGGGGUUGGCAUAGCCUGCUGGGUAUUGGUCUGCAGCACCGUGGUGUUCCGAGCUCGAAGACUGAUAGGGGUGUGAGGAGCCCUGAUUCCUACCACAGAACCAAUAUUCUGACCCAUAAGACUGCAGUCCUUGGAUAUGUGACCAGUUGUGGGGACAAACUCCUUCACAAGUUCACUGAUGACCACUGGACUGUCCUAUGGUUGUGUUGAGGAGUCAGAUUGACAGCAUUUAGCUUGGGGCUGUGCAAUAGUGGCUGUCUUUGUCAGAAUGACAUUUGACUGAAUGAUAGUGCUUUUGGCUAGUAGUUUGUUAAGUUUGCAUCUGCAUGUGUAGCUGUGUGGAUCAAAGGUUGCUGUAGAGAGGGACCAAAUAAUGACACAAGACAAGUGUUUUUCAGAUGCAAGUUUUUGUUAUUUUAUUCAUCCCCUGCACCAGUUGGAAGGGGGUUGUGUAGUGUGAGAUUUAUUAGGUCUGUGGACCAUGAGUCAACGAAGUAGGUCAAUUUAUUUCAAUCAGAUAUUUAGUUCGAUGGAAUACUUUUCUGUGAUAAGGUCUCAUAAAGUCUCCAUCGGAGAUUACGUCAAAUGAUCCCUGAGUGAAAUAUUAUCACCCAAUACAAAUGAAGGAUGUGUGGCUUUCAGAUGUUAGCUUUCCGAUGUUAGGUUUGUAAAAGAUUCUGCUAAAUUUCUUUACUUUAAUGGUACUCUUCCUUGGGUGUAGAUGUAUGGUGAUCGGAAACAGCAAUGUGUAGCCACUACAACAUAAUAGCACAUUCAUGAUUGUUUUGGAAAUACUGAAAUUUGAUGUCUGGGUCUGAAUGCUUUGCUCAGUCAUUCCACGCACUUAGAAUGUUGAUUGGCUGGUUAACACAUUCCUCUAAGGCAAUCACCCAUGGUGGGGGUGUCUGAUAUUUAAGGCAGAGGUAAACAUAUCAGAGAUCUUAAUCAAUUUGGUACUCAUGUAGUGCUACAGGUGAUGUGACGGGAUGUACACAGAGUUACCACAUCAGAAUUUAUAGUCACCCUAUUCAGCUGGAUCUAAGCUUGCAAUACAAAAUAUGUGACAGCGUAUUCUCAGUGACAAAGGUAAACACUUGGAGAUGUUCAUGGUGAUAUUGUGAUGGGAAUCAAAGGACAGUGUAUUAAAUCUGAGGUGUACAAAUAGCCCUGUGCCAUAUCAGGUUGUUACAAGGGAUCAAGGAUUGGAAACUGAACCAUCUUAUUUCAUACUACAGAAAAAGUUGUCAGUAAGACAGUAUUUUGUGGUUGAACUGUGUGUAUACCGUGUGCAUGUAGGUGACUGGUGAUACCCCCUUAUGGUUGUGCAUUCUUUGAGCACAUGAUGUGUUCUGGAUACCAGGUGACAUGUAUCUCUAUUUCUGAAACUUGUUAAAGAGUGUCAUGGUCAACAGUGAUUAUUUUAUUUGAAGUUUUUAUUUGCUGGUGCUAUGAAUGCAUGAUCAUUUUUUACAUAGAAGUGUCUUGUCCUAAAUCUGUUUGCUAAGGUCUAGCGUUAAGCCUGCCUGUAGGAUGUAGAAGUGACGACAUAUUUCCAUCAUUUAUCUGUUUAUUACGGUAACAAAACUCAUGCUUAUGUCUGGCUCUAGCACUGUAAAUUGUGAUAAACAGUACUGUGUUCUGGCAUCUAUUAUGGUAACAAUAUAUUUUAAGUUCUAUUUUAGGAUUCAUUUUCAAUUAUGCAAAUUAAGUGAAGUGAUUUGACUGGCAGAGAACAGCAGUAAUCCACUAAAACUACUUACAUAUCUGAACUGCAGAAGAGUUGCCUCCCUUCCAUUUACAAAUCAACUGAUGAUUUACUUUUCGUCUUCGUAUUAUGACCAAAAUCUUUUUCUUUUUUUUUCAUAUUUUUGUAAUAUUCCAAAACCAGAUUGACAGAUCCUUUGUCCAAGAAAAGGAAUUAGUCAGGCCUUAUGAAAUAGACUGUUCAAGAUAUUUAGCACAAUGAAAUUUAUGCAGAUAACAAUUGGAAUAGGUUCAUGUGCUUAUAUAAAACAAUAUGGUUGUUUGUACCAAACACAUUGAAGUGUAAGUGUGCAACCAAAAUGUUGUUCAAUAUAGACAAAUUUUAUGGAUAACAAUUUCUUUCUUUUGUGAGUGUGUUAUCCAUAACAUUUGUCAGUAUUGUAAUCCCCAACUUCCAAAAUGACACUCAAAGAAGCAAAAUGUUGUAAGUUUAAAUUUUUUCUGUCGUUAGAUUCAUAUUGAAGAAUUACUGGUUGCUGUUUUCAUGAGUGUGUUACAGGGUCUACAUCAUGUGCAUUAUACUGAAAUAUAAUGUGAUGAAAGCAUGUGUGACCAUUGGUAUAUCUGAUUAUACGAACCUGUCUUUGUAGAGGAAGAUACUUUUCAAAGUUCCAUUCAAAUUAAUUGAAAUGUAAACAGACACUUGAAAAUAAAUAUUUUUAUAUCCAUC